AUCAAAAUGCUGUUCUUGGUUGUGCUACUCUUUGCGCUGUGUUGGCUUCCUUUCCAAAUGUAUAACAUUCUUCAAGAGAUAGUGCCAGAAAUAAAUAAUUACAAGUACAUCAAUGUCAUUUGGUUCUGCUGCCAUUGGCUAGCCAUGAGCAAUUCCUGCUAUAAUCCUUUCAUCUACGCUAUUUAUAACGAAAGAUUCAACACCGAAUUCAAGAACAAAUUCAGAUUCUGUAUGUCAGCUUUAAGACCCCAACCUAGUGAGGACAAGACCAUGGAAAUUUCGAUGUCUUCGAGGUAUGGCUGACUAACAGCAUAUUUAGGACGUCAUAAUGAAACGCGUUCUCGAAGAAGAAACAGAGGUUUGGAAGUCUCCCAGGCAACCGAUAGUGUCUGAAAAAAUGCCUUGCAAAGGAUCAGAAAUAAGAGCUCUGCGUUUUUACUGACAAAAAGCAUGGGAGCGUUAACAGAAGUUACCAUUUUUAUUGCACUAUACAUCAUAUUUAUAGCUGCCGAAAUUCAUUAGUUACUUCUCAUGUUCCAAGGGAUCAUCUACUAAAGUCAUUUAAGUCUGUCUCACGCAUUUGCUUCAGAACAUCCUGGAUACAAAAUACUUGAAACAUGAUGAGCUUUUAGUAAAGAAUGUUUAAUAUAAAACGUAAAACUGUAUUCUGUACUUAUCAGAACAGAUAAUAUUCAGUGAAGGUAAAAUUCAUUGUUACGUGGACUUCUAGCAUGUUUUAAGUGCCAGGAACAGAAACAGGAAAGUAUUGUCACGUACAUUAAAUCAUAAUAAAGGCUCCCAGAUAGAAUCCUCGUUAAAUCUGGUUACGUAACUGAUAACUAGAUUGUAUUAAUUUGUAUAAAUCUAUUCUUUCAAGAAGAACUUUGAUUUCAGAGAAAGAAUAUGACCGAAAAUCAGUAUAUAUAGGAUUUGUUUUACAAAGCAAACAAAAAAAAAAAAA